GUGGUUGGUUGGUUGUUUCACUGCAAGCCCCGCGGGUGAGGGGGGAUGAGAGCGUUUCUGAAGAGCCCGGGGGGGUGUUUCCAGCUGAAGCCCCGCACAGUGAUCGGCAGGCACGGAGGGUGCGACGUGGUCCUGCAGUCCGCAGGGGCAGCAGAGCGACACGCAGCCCUGGAGUUCAGCCCCUCCGACGGCUGCUGCGUCCUUCAGGACUUCGGGUCCCUCCAGGGCACCUUUGUCAACGGCUGCCAGGUCCAGAACGCGGCUGUCGGGGUGAGCCCGGGUGACAUCCUGCGCUUCGGAGCUGGGGGAGCGGCGUUCCAGCUGCUGGUGGAUGGGGCUGCCCGGGUGCCUUGUCCCCCCGGGAAACGUUGCUCCACGUGGACGGGGCAGCUCCAGGAGGUUGCAGAGCCCAAACCUUCAGCUCCUGCCUCUCCUCCCCACCUGCCCAAGCUGCAGUGGCAGCUUUUCCCUGGCUCUCCUGGCACCCGUGCUCCUGGAGCCACCAGCCACCUGCCCCGUCCGCCGCUGCCGAAGCCGCCCGGGAGCGCUGGGGUCACCCCCGUCCCACCAGCCACCUGCAGCAGGACCUCUGCAGGGAGGGCAGGUGCUCCCCAGUGCCCAGCUGGGGUCCCAACCAGUGCCUCGGGUGGUGCAAGUGGUGUGGAGACCCCUCCCCUGGGGACAAACCCUGCCCUGGAGACCCAUGACAUGGAGUUCCUCCCACAGAAGGGUGAAAAGCUGCUGCAGAUGGAGAAGGAAAUGGAAAGAGAAUCCAAGCAGAAAGAUGCAGUGGUCCAGGCUCUGCAGGAGGAGGUUGCAGCCAUGGCCAAGACACUGGCUCAGGUGGCAGCAAGGAAUGAGGUGGAGCUGACCCAGAAGCUGCUCAGCUUCAACAGAGAGCUGGGAGCCAAACAGGAGGAGAUCAGGGCCUUGAGGAAACAGAUCAGCCACCUGCAGGAGGGCUCAAGCCAGAUCUUCAGCCAUCCCCUCUACAAAAAAGACCUGGAAAUUGGGAGGCUGCAGAAGGAAAGUGAGGAGCUGAGGAGGGAUCAGGUUGUGGCUGCAGGGCUGGUGAGCAGCCUGCAAAGGGAGGUUGCCAGCAAGGGGCAGAAGAUCCAGCAACUCAAGCAGGAUGUUGAAAAAAUGAAGAAGGAAACCAGAGAAAAGGAUGACCAGCUGGUGAUGGUGUCUGCCAAGCUGGAGUCCUUCAAAGCCCAAGUGAUGGGAGCCUGUGGUCCAGCAGCAGCCGGAGGUGCUGGGAAGGUUGUGAAGGAGCAGGAGGUGAUAGAGAAGGUCAAGCAGGUCUUUGAGGAAAACCAGCAAAGCAAUGAGAGAGAGAAGUAUCUGCAGGAGGAACUGAGCUCCAGGCUCUCCAAGGAACAGGAAGUGUCUGCAAGUGUUGAGGUGUUGGAGAAAUCCCUGCGGGAGCUCCAGGUGUUCCUGAGCAGCUCCUGCAGCAGCACCAGCCUGCGAGGGGCCCUGGGGAGGCUGGAGGCAGUGAGCCUGGACCCCUCCAUCUCAGCCAUCAGGGACGUGGUGGUGGAAGUGGCAGAUGUUCCCCUGGCCUGGCUGGAGGGCUUGGAGAAGCUCCUGGCCAGUGCUGGGAGGGACCCACACGCCUCUGGCAAAGGGAUGUUGGCUUCUCUGGGGACCUUGUUGGAAGACAAUCAGGAAACCACUCAGAGGAAUCAGAUGUUGCAGGACCAAUUGCAGAGGGUCCAGGAGUCUCAGGAGGCUUUGCUGCAGGAGCAGAUGAGGGAGCUGGAAGCAAAACACGAGCGAGACCUGCGGGUGAAACUCCAGGAAAUUGUCUUGGAAAAGGACAAGGAGCACAAAGAGGUUCUGGAGAGCACUGUUGCCAAGGAGAAGGACAAGUGCAAGCAGUCCCUGGAGGAGGAACAAAAGAAGGUCCAAGACCUGGAGAGCCACCUGAGAAGCAUGACUGAGGUGGUGGAAAGGAAGUCAAAGGAGCAGGAGGCUGCAGACUGGAAGCUGGAAGAAGCCCUGCACAAGCUGGAAGAAGCCACCAGGCGAGAGAUCACCUUAGAGCAGAAGGUUCUUGUGGGACAGGAGCAGCUCAAGACCAUCCAGGAGCAGAAAGAGCUACAGAGGCAGGAGCUGCAGGAAGAAAUAGUGGGAUACAAGGAGCAAAGCAAGCAGCAUUCUCUGACAAUUGUGGCUUUAGAGGACAAGCUGCUGGAGGCCAAGCAGCAGCUGAAGGUGCUGGAGGAGGAAAAGGCAGAGCUGGUGGAGAAAAUGGAAGGUUUUGGGGAUGAUGCCAUCAAGUCAACAUCAGGAACUCAGCUGGAGGAUUGUCCUGUCACAGAGUCACACAGUUGUCUGAGGGAAUUCCAGGAGGAGCUGGCAGCAGCACAGAACAUGCUCCUGUCCAAGGAGGCCAUCAUUGCUGCAAUGACCAGGGAGCUCAUGGAAACCAGAGCCAGGAUGUCAGACAUGAGAGGGGAGCUGAGUGAGGAGCAGAAGGUGGAACUGGAGAGGAGCCAGAGGCAGGUGAAAUGCCAGGAGCAGGAACUGAACCUGCUGAGGGGGAAGCUGGCCCAGAUGUCCAGCCUGGUGGAGAAGAAGGAUGGAGCCCUGCAAGCAGCAGCAGAAGAGUUGAGGCAGGCCCAAGCCCGCUGCCAGGCGCUGAAGGAUGCUGCCCAGGAGAGGGUGGAGAAGCCAGAAGAUGUUCCUGGGAUGCUGGUGCAGGAGGGUGAAGUCUCUGAGAGGGAGCCAGAGUUGGGGUUGGCCAAGCUCGGGGCCAAGUGCCGGGGGCUCAGGCAUGAGGAAACCAUCCAGCACCAGAGAGAAGGUCUGGCCGAGCUCCGGGAGAGAGUCAAGGUGCUGGAGAAGAGGCAGUGCUCAGCUGCUGUGAAGAAGGGUUCAGAGCCCCUGGUGCUCCUGGUGAAAGGCUUAGCAGAGAAAACAGGCCAGGAAACAGGUCUUGGGAAGGAGCCUGCACCCGUGUUGGGAGCAGAACUGAAGGCUGGCAAGGUCUCUGGACACGUUCCUGAUGGGGGCUCACACUGGACAGGGAGCUCAGAGGUGGCUGGUGGGCUGGACCCUGGUGAGAAGAUGUACCUUGACAUCCUUGGUGCUCUGGGAAGGCUGAUGGAGGUGAAGGAGCUGUCAGGGAUGCAGUCUCUGAAGCAGCUGCCUCAGGAGGAGAGGGAAAAAGUGGGGCUGCAGAGAUGGAAGGACCUGGAGUUGCUGUACGAGAAGAUCAGGAACCUCAAGAGUCGCCUGGAGAGAAAAGAAGCAAUGCUGGAGGGUCACAAGGCCAGGGUGGAGCAGCUCAGGCUGAGCCAAGAGUCCCUGCGAAGGUGCCAGGAGGAGAUGUCCAGACUUGAAGAUGAAGCCUACAGGGAGGCAGAAGAGAAGGCUCUGCUGAAGGAGGCCCUGGAGAGGACACAGCUCCAGCUGAGGCAGGAGAAGAGGCUGCUGAAAGCGGCCAGAAUGCACAAGCCUGGAGCCAAGAAGCCUUUCUGCUCGGGGAAGCUGAAGACCAAGGAGUGCCCAGCAGAAGCUGCCAAGAUGGGAAGCAUGUAGGAGAAGCUCCACCAGGGCCUUCAGUAGGCCAUGGUAGGAACACCACAUCUCCCUGUGGACUCUGUAAUGUUGAAUGGGGUACAAGGUGUGGGUAGGUUUUGAGGAGCCCCUCUUGGCAUCCUGUCACUCCUGGUGUGACUGUGGGGUGUGCAGGACCUUGUUUUCCUGCAGCACGUGUCCCAUACUGCACGGUGGGGUUGGUGGCACGAGGAGAGGUCGUGUGGGUACAGCUCAGUGUCUCCAGAGAUGUACAGAGACAGAUUUGUGUGUGAAUACAGCCCAGUGUGUCCA